AUGGCCACGCAAGAUGCGGGAAAAGAGAAGAAACCGGAUGAGGGAGAGCAGAAAGAGGAGGCGUUGCUCAUUCCGAACAUUGACAAUUAUCGCUAUCAAGACUGCUACGAGGCCAAAUUUCCGCUGCAUGUCGAUGCGACGCAGGUGACCGAGGAAAAGCUAGGCCAUUUCGGAACUUUCGGAGAAUUUCAGAUAGUGUUCAUCGGAAAGGUGGGCCUCGAGCCGGUGCAAGCCGUCUUCACCCUAACGAAUCGGACUUUGGAGGACUUUUGGUACAAAAUCAAGACUUCCGACAACGAUCUUUUCAAGGUCAGACGUCGGACGGGACGCAUCAACAAAUCGACAGGCGUCACGAUUACUGUCUGCGUCACUCUUUUUGCCAUUUUUUGAAGAAUUGGACACCUUGCAGGCCUAUUUGAUCCCGAAAAAUAAGCCGAAUCCGUUCAAAGAGUACCAGCACUAUUUUCACAUUUACGUGCGCAAUGUGGCCAUCGAGGACGAGGUUAAUUUGUACUUCUAGGCCACGUCCAUUGCUUUUCUCAGAACGCCUACGAGACAUGGGUGAGCGCUUCGAGACCGGCGAUCGCCAAGCUUCGACUCUACGUGGAUUACGUUUAUGUACGUUUUGGCAAAUGCGCUACUGUUCACUUUUUAAGUGAGAAAUCAAAGCGAAGCGCAAUUGCAUCGCUAUCAAUUUUUCGUGUUCAGCACCCAUACGCGAACCAAGCGCUAGCUCACGCAUACGGUCAAUUGUUGGUGAAGAAGGAGCCGCCAAAAGAAGCUGCAGUGGGAGAUAUCACCGACGGAAUACGGGACGUCGUGUUGAACCGGCUCGUCGAGGCGCAAAACGACUUGAAGUUGACGGAGGAGGAGGAGACGUGGGCGGAAGCGACGAAACGAUUGGAAGCGGAGCGAGCGAAUGCGAAUGCGCCGCAUCGAUUCAUGACGAGAAACGAGUGGCUGAAACUGGAGAAGGAGAGCAAAAAGAAGAAGAAUUUGGCGAAGGCCGAUUUUGAACGAGCAAUUGAGCCGACUGCCGCGACGCGAGAUGAAAAGCUUGCGCAGAAGCUUCUCGGUGAGUACGCCCAGGCACACGUCGACAGCGGGUACACGGUCGACGGGAUCGGCUUGAAGAAGAAGAAGAAGAAGAAGACAAACGAGAAGAAGAAGAAGCAAAAGUCAAAGUCGAAGGAGCAGAGCGCGAACGAGGCGAAGAACGUGGAGAAACGAAAGAAAGAGAUGGCGGCGGAGGCGGCGAAGCACGCGGAGAAGCUGAAGAAGCUCGACAAGAUGAAGGAGGAGGAGCCGUUGAAGGUCACCGCGGACGACCUAAAGAAACCGAUUGUGCCGCCGAAUGUCGCGAAUUUUAUUCGAAAAAAUGAGUGA